AUGAAGAUGAAAGAUAUGCCAAUCACACGGCGUACAGUGUUAUCUGUGACUCAAAGAAUAUUUGAUCCAAUUGGAUUUAGUUGUCCAGUCACAUUGAUACCAAAAUUGAUUCUGCAAAAAAGUUGGCAAGAAAAACUAAGUUGGGAUACCGAAUUAACAGAAGAUUUGAAAAAGGAAUUCUUAGUUUGGCUUGAGGAUUUAUCUUUAUUAUCAUCAGUGAGAAUUCCUCGCCAAGCAACAGCAGUUAAUAGAAUUUCUAGUAGUUUGCAUGUUUUUGCUGACGCUUCAAAAUAUUCGUACGCAACUGCCAUUUUUCUUAGAAAUGAAUCGCAAGAUGAAAUAAAAGUGCAACUUUUACAGGCGAAGUCAAGAGUUUCUCCACUGCGAAAAAUUACGAUUCCAAGACUUGAAUUAUUAGCCUGUUAUAUUGGCGCUAAGUUAUCUGAAUUCGUCACGAAAAGUUUAACUCUGGAAAUAAAUGAAACAUAUUAUUGGACGGAUUCAACAACUGCCUUGUUCUGGAUUAAGAAUAAUGACCUACCCUGGGGAACAUUCGUUUGUAACAGAGUGAAGAAAAUACGUGAAUGUAGUGAUCCCAAGGAUUGGAGACAUGUUCCUGGUAUUAGUAAUCCUGCUGACUUGCCAUCUAGGGGAUGCACUGUUUCAAAGCUUCUGGAAACUAAAUGGUGGGAGGGCCCACUUUGGUUGUCCAAGUCUAAAGAAGAGUGGCCUAAUUCAACCCCAAUAGAAAAUGAAGAGGAAAUAUACUUGGAGCAGAGAAAAACCGUUGUGGCAACUCUUACCUGCGAGAACACUGAAAAUUCAUGGAUGCUAGCAUAUUUUUCGAGUUACUUAAAAAUUUUAAGAAUGACGGCAUGGAUUCUAAGAUUCCUCAAAAAUGCUCAGAAAACAAGAGCUGAACAAGAGAUUGGCGAGCUGAAAUUGUACGAAUUGAAUGAGGCUGAAAAGAUAUUAAUGAAGCAGAUUCAGCAAAAGUCAUUUAAUGACGAAGAUAUCUCAAGGUUAAAAUCUUUAUGCGUCUUUAAAAACGAAGAAGGUAUCUUAAGAGUAAGCACCAAGUUAACUGAAAGAAAAGAUCUUGAAAGCUUUAUCAGUCCUAUACUGCUGCCAAGCACGCAUAAACUUGUGAUAAUAAUGAUUUUUUACAUGCACAAAAGUAUGUGCCAUGCGGGGAUUCAGAUAUUGAUGUCUAAAUUAAGAGAACGAUUCUGGAUUAUAAGAUCUCGUAAGACGAUUCGCAAAGUUUUAGCUCGUUGCGUGAGAUGUAAAAGACGCCAAACUACGAGGAUCGAAUGCAAUCCAGGAGUGUUACCUGAAAACAGAGUCAAAGAUGCAUUGGUGUUUGAAAUAACAGGAAUAGAUUUGGCGGGACCUUUGAUGCUUAGAGAAAAAUGCAAAGCGUGGAUAAUUAUAUUUACAUGUGCUGUCUACAGAGCCAUCCAUUUGGAAUUGAUAACUUCUCAAUCAACACAAAGUUUUUUGCUUGGUUUACGACGAUUUAUAGCCAGACGAGGAAGACCGAAAGUUAUUUAUAGCGAUAAUGGCACCAAUUUUACAGGAGCUAACAACCUAUUUAAAUCGUUAGAUUGGAAAAUGAUCGAAAUUGAAGCAUCUGUGAAUAGGAUUCAAUGGAACUUUAAUCCUCCUGCUUCCCCAUGGUGGGGAGGAUUUUGGGAAAGAAUGGUGCAGAUGGUUAAAAAACUUCUUCGUAGGGUUUUAGGUCAAUCAGCUUUAAAUUAUGAAGAAAUGACGAGCGUCCUUUGUGAUUGUGAGACAACAAUAAAUUCUAGACCUCUCACUUAUGUCUCAGAACAAGGGGAUGAACUCAUUCCAUUGACGCCAGCUAUGUUCUUGAAAGAAAUAGAUGAUGUCGGAGUGCCAGAUUUAGAUCAACUUGAUCAAGUAAAUUUGAAUAAAAGAUUAAGGUACCAGCAAAAUUUGCGCAAUGCUUUAAGAGAAAGAUUUAGAAGUGAGUACCUUGGGCAAUUAUUACAACGACCAUCAAAGAGUAAACCGAUUGAACCUUUGAAAGUAGGAGAUAUUGUUUUAAUCGAAACUGACGGUAAAAAAAGAACUUUAUGGCCAAUGGCUAAAAUAAUAGAUGUUUUUCCUGGUAAAGAUGGGCAAGUACGAGUGGUUCGCCUUAAAACUUCAUCCUGUGAACUCGUCAGGCCUGCGCAGAAGAUUUUCCCACUCGAAAUUUCCUCACCCACUGAACCUAAUCUAAUAAAUAAUGAAGCACGCAAGAAUAAACCAGAGAAGGACUUGCAGGUAGUUGGAAAAACAGUAAGAACGAGAAGUGGAAGACUUAUUAAAGUGCCAAUUAAAUUUUUGAGCUGA